UCAUGAACACAGAAAUGGUGAAAAACUGUUUAACAAUUUAACUCUGCAAUUCAACAAUAGUUUACAGUCUUACUGGCAUGUUUCAGGAAUACAUUUCUAACAUUUAUGUGUGAAUAAAUAAAUAACUUAAUUCUGUAUAUUUAGGUCUCCCUCAGGCCAAGUUGUCAGUGUCUUCUUCAGAUAUCAUGGACAGACAAACAGUACAGCUGGACUGUAGUAACAGUGAGAAUCAGAUGAUGAACGAGUGUUACUUCAUAAUAGAUGGGAAAGAAAAUAAACAGAGAAGAUCAUGUCAACUAUCACUCACUGGAUCUGACAUCAUUACUUGGUCAGGAGGUCAGAGGUCAUCUGUCAUAAUCUGCUACUACACUGUGUAUAAAUCACAAGGUCUCAUGUCAUCUCCACGUUCAGAUCCAGUAACAGUUACAGGAAAAGUUCAGAGUUUUCCUCAGGCAAAGUUGUCAGUGUCUUCUUCAGUUAUCAUGGACAGAGACCCAGUACAGAUGGACUGUAGUAACAGUGAGAAUCAGAAGAUGGACGAGUGUUACUUCACAAUAAAUGGAAGAGGAGAGAACAGUAAACAGAGUAGAUCAUGUCAACUAUCACUCACUGGAUCUGACAUCAUUAUUUGGUCAGGAGGUCAGAGGUCAUCUGUCAACAUAACCUGCUACUACACUGCGUAUAAAUCACAAGAAGAUAUCAUGUCAUCUCCACGUUCAGAUCCCAUAACAGUUCAGAUUUCAACAUCAUCCACCACUGCAACAACAGUCAUGACAACUUGUAAGUAAUCUUAAUGUUAAAUCAAACUUGUACCCAGAGACAACAAAAAGCAAUUUUCAUUUAUUCACCUUCAAUGAUCUCAGAGACAGUUCUCUUAAAGGUCAUCUUAAGCCGAGCGCACA